AUGACCUCCAAAGUAACUAGUAGGAAAAUAAUUAGCGAAGAAUCUAUAGAAGAAGAAGAAUUAUUUAGCCAUUGUAGAGAAAUGGAAACAGUUUGUUAUGCCCUCACCAAAGUGAUAAUAGGAGCCAACAAUAAAUGGAAAGGCUGUGGAGAAAAACCGUCUCAUUCUUUAUCGAAUAGGAAUUAUAUUAUGGAGCUAGUAAAUAUACAGGUAUUAGAUCAGAUAAUAGAAUAUUUAACGAAACUUGUUAAAUCGUUUUAUAAAUUAAAUCCUAAAUUAGCUAGAUUAAAAAAAGAAAACUUGUUAAUUGCGAGUAAACACGAUCACAUAUUUGAAAAGUUAUGCAGCAGAAGAUUUAUAAUGUUGCAAGCGAUUAACAUUUUAAUAACGACAAUAUUAUCGACGUGCCUUCGUAGAGAAGAUUCGAGGAAAAUGAUCGAAUCAUGUUUGUGUUUGGUUGGAAUAUACAACAACCUAACAGGUCUUAGUUAUAAAAAGUUUGCUGUAAAGUUUAAUGUAUGCAGUAAUACAUAUCCUAAUACUAUAAGUGAAACGAAACCUAUUACUCUCACAAAAAUUGUACAGAUACUUUCCAAGAGCCGCACUGAAGUGAACUGCCAUCGGCUCAUAAAUUGUUUAGUACAAAUGUAUCACCCCGAAGAUCACUUGGACGCCUCCGAGUCUAGUAGUGUAGAUAGUUUGGAAAUAUAUCAAACAUUAACAAAGCAUAUAACUCCACCUUCAUCGUCAGUAUCGAAGCAGAUGGAUAUUAACAAACGUCGAGAAGCAUUUAUUGAAAACAGGAAAGCUAAAAUGAAACAAGCUCAAAGCCUGGUCGAACAAAAAAAUGGUCAUAAGAAGAUAGUAGAAGCUUUAAAUCCCCAAAAUUCAGACUCAGAAAUACCUUAUACUUCUCUUUUGAAUAAUGAAUAUAUAUUGGAAAAUAUGUUUAAUAAUGAAGAUAAUGUAAAUAGUAUUUUACAAAGUGAGGAAAUAUAUAUAGAGAUUCUAUUAGAUACAGUUGCGAAUAUAUCUCCGCUGUUAUUGGGUGCUAAAGGAGUUAAGAAACUUAAAUCAGGUAGACAACAAGCUAGCAAGAAGGCUGCUCAGAAAGUGACUGAAUAUUAUCAAAACAUUCUUUGGGGCGAUGUCGGCAACUGUUUAGAACAUAUAGUUCUUUGGUGGUCUUCCUUUCCGUUGGCUGUAAGAUCACCUCACGUCAGUCAAAAUCUACGGGAAUGGCUGUUUUCCACCUUUAAUGUUAACAAUACACCGGAAUUAAUACUAUCUGCUUUACGGAUAUUAGCGGAUGCAUUGGGAUGUCACGUGACUUCCACAUCUUGGGAUAAGCAUUUUGGAGCAACAUUAACUACUAACUUGUGGCCAACGUCCUUGAAAAUUCACCCUGACCUGUCUAUAAAUGUUACAGAAGUAACAGAAACAGGCGCAAAUUUCGCAUUAAUGCUACAAGAGCUUGUUUCUCUAAACAAUCACUGUGAAGUAACUUGGGACUAUAUUAUGGGUGCACCUCUAGAAGACUUACCAAUUGUUGAACAAAUUCCUAUUCUACACAGGCUAGACCAUUCCAUCCAUACAUAUCGUUUGUGGUGUUUGGCUGAAACGCGGCGACUCGCUAACUCGUGGGCGAUGGAUGAUUUCUUCCGUAUUGCUCACAAUGAUAUGGUCGCAUGUAUGGAACAGCUCAAUAACUUACGAUUUGCUGAUCACACUGCCACAAUUGAGUUAGGGCAAAUAGGUGUCCAUGAAAAUGUAUGUGCUAAAAUGCGAGAAAAGCUUGUUUCCGAAGUGAAAGUCAACAUACAAAAAUUAAAAGAUGCGACGGAAGAAAUAACGUACGUGUUAUCAUCAGUGUGCGGGACCACCAGUCUCGCGCACCUCACAAUGAUAUCGCCGAGCAACGCGGAUUGGCGCCGCGUCACACAACCCCCUACUGUGGAACACUCCAUAUACGUUCAUGAGUUCUUGAAUAAAAUGUUACUGCCCGUUAUAAAAGCGACGGGAGAUAUAUCAACACUCAACAUGGUAUUAAGGAUAAUGUGCGAGGCAUGGCUACAUCAUAUAUACGUCGCGCAAGUCAAGUUUACAAAAGACGCUGCAGUUCAAUUACUUGCAGAUUUCAACGAGGUCCGCGUUUGGUUGAACGAAUGUAAACCGCUAAAUGCACAGGCAAGGAAACAAAUGCUGCAGAAUGAAGUUUUGAGGCGCUGUGAGGGCGUAGGACGGUUACUACUACACGCACCAGGCGAUCUCAUAUCGAUGCAGGAGUCUACUAUGCAAUCGGCGAAGAUAAGAAAAGAUGCGCCUGAACAACUAAUGCCGGCUGAAAUGUACGUUCCCAAUCAAAAGCAGUGGUUAACUCUACGCGCCAACAAGCUCUCCGGCCCCGUCGCCUUUACACUUUGCUGCUUGGUUUUAUAUUAAUGUUAAAUAUAUAUUUUAUCUGUU